CUGGCCUUGGGGCCGCAAACGCACAUUGGUUCACAGCUGGGCCUCUGAUGGUGGGCCACGGUUUGGUGGCUGGGUCGACAGAGUAUGCGCUGGAAUGGUCUCCUACCCAUGUCGUUCCAGCAGGGUUCAGGGCAGAAGGUUACUGAAGGGCAAGACAUGUGAGGACAUGCAGUUGAGGCCACAAUAGCCUCUGGUCGUCUGCUAUGGUCAGACAGGAAGGGCAAGGCCCUCAGUGGCAGGCAUGUGAGGACAUGCAGCUGAGGCCUCGGUAGCCUCGGGUCGUCUGCUGUGGUCAGACAUGGAGGGCAAGGCCCUCAGUGGCAGGCAUGUGAGGACAUGCAGUUGAGGCCACGGUAGCCUUGGGUCAUCUGCUGUGGUCAGACAUGGAGGGCAAGGCCCUCAGUGGCAGGCAUGUGAGGACAUGCAGUUGAGGCCUCGGUAGCCUUGGGUUGUCUGCUGUGGUCGGACAUGGAGGGCAAGGCCCUCAGUGGCAGACAUGCUUGGACAUGCAGUUCGGGAGGCAACGAUGCCAUCCUCCUGAUGGACCUGCAGAGGGGUCUGCAUGAGAUUCUUAUCGGGUGUGGGGUAAAGGGAGACUAAGCAGAGGCUUGUCCCCCUUUUGUGGCAAAGAAGUGCGGGAAAAGGUUUAAAGGGAAAGGGCAGCUAGGUGACACCUUUAGGCACCUUUGGGGGCGAUUGGCGGUCCGGGGGCCUGCAGCUCAGGGCUAUACGGCCCGGGGGGCAGAACACGGGCCGCCUUUGGGGCCAACGUGCCUCAUCCGCUCGGAGUUUCACGGCUCCGGAGGGCGGUGAUGCGGGUUGGACCCCCUACACAUCUUCUGGGUGUGGCCUGAGCUGGGGGUCUGGCACAGGGCAGCCCCGGGCUCAGGCAAGGUUUGGUCACCCUAUGGCUGCAAGCAGGCUUUGCCUGGAUCAUCAGAAUGCUCCCGCACUUGAUUUCCCCUCUGCAGGUUCAUUAUUCUAAUUGAUUCCGUUUAAUAAAGUGGCCCAUGAUUUAACCCAAUGAAUGGUGUUUGUGUUUUAUUUCGGCAAUAGGCCGCAAAUGGGAAUACACCCCUGAAUGGCAACUUCCCAGUGAUCCAAACCUACUAAUUUCACUAGUCACCUAUGUCUAGAUGGUUUAUGUGGAAGUUUUGGGGCUUAUUGCAUGAAUCCAAUCUAGGCAUGUGUGACUGGUGAAUUUGGUAGAUCUAGCUCGCUGGGUAGUUGCUGUUCCCAGCUGUUUCCCGUAAAACAUAUUAUAGCCCAAAACUGUAUCAGAACAUUGUUUGCAUGGAACUUUUGUGGCUUACUGCAUGACUCCCACCUAGCCACGUGCAUCUGGUGAAUUUGGUAGGCCUGGCUUGCUCAGAAGUUGUGUUCCGGGCCAUUCUGUUCUGUUCCAUAUGACAUUUUGGUUGUUAAAGGGUUAAUAAGGUAUAAUACCAAAAUGGUUUUGGUUCUUAAAAGUUGUUCUCAAGAAUCUCUAACGCAUUCCACUGUUUUCUGCAUCGCUUUCUUUUAUAAAUGGCGCAUUCUGACUUUUACACCCAACGAGGCUCUAGCGGCAGGAGCUUUUCCCAGCCCUCCCUGGAGACGUGGGAUAUUGAAACUGAGCUCCUCUGCAUAUAAACCUGUCAGUUUUUAAUCUUUGCUUUCUUCCUUUUCACAAACAACAAAAGCCCAACUACUUUCCCCCCAAAACAACCCCCUCCAGCUCUACCUUAUCAGCUAAUGAGGGAACAGGUUUAUCCAAUGAGAAAAAGUUCCCCUCUUUUUGCCUUUUGGAAGAGAAGGAACGUUUUUUCAGAGUUCGUGUAAUGAAAGAGAGCCCCUCCCUUAAAAAACAACAACCCUGCUGCUAUUAUUUUGUUGUACAUUGAUUUACCCGGCGCUUCCGCCACUCUUGGCCCCGCACAUGGUGUAAACAUUCUAAUAGGAACCGGAACUUAAGGUAGUGUUAAAGCCUUGGUGUAGUUUUACUGCCCGCAUCUCUCUGCGUUUUCCUCUUCCCUCCGAGGCAGGCGCCUGGGUGAUGACAAAUAUGUGUGGUAGGUGCGCGCCCAUGCGCGCGCCAGAAAAAACACGAGCUUAUUAACGGCACCUGAUCAGAGCUGGCUGGGAGAGUCCUGUACUGUGUUUUCCCUUGGAUGGAAGCAUGCUCAUUUCUAUAGAAGAUGGUAACCUUGAAGUAUGAUCAUGGAAAAGGGGAUAAGUUCAGUAGAAGUUCUACCCUCCAGAUCUUCUCAUGCCACUGUAGUAAGGGAGAUGGUGAAAGAACAUGAAGCAAAGCAAGCUCAGAAAGGGAGACGAGUGGGAUUUGUACUUGUCCAUGCAGGUGCAGGGUAUCAUUCUGAAUCCAAAGCCAAAGAAUAUAAGCAUGUGUGCAAAAGAGCCUGUCGGAAGGCAAUUGAAAAGCUACAGGCUGGGGCUCUUGUAACAGAUGCAGUGACUGCAGCGCUAGUUGAACUAGAGGAUUCACCCUUUACAAAUGCAGGAAUGGGGUCUAAUCUAAACCUUUUGGGUGAAAUAGAAUGUGAUGCCAGUAUUAUGGAUGGAAAGUCGCUAACUUUUGGAGCAGUUGGCGCGCUCAGUGGAAUCAAAAAUCCUGUUUCUGUGGCAAAUAGAUUGUUGUGUGAAGGGCAGAAAGGAAAACUCUCUGCUGGCAGAAUUCCACCUUGUUUUUUAGUUGGUGAAGGAGCUUUCAGAUGGGCAGUGGAUCAUGGGAUACCAGCCUGUCCUCCAGGUGUCAUGGCAACAAGACUUAGUUUAGCAGCUUUUAAGAGGAACAAGAGGAAACUGGAAUUGGCAGAAAAGGUGGAAACUGAUCUUUUUCAGUUGAAGAAAAGAAGACAAUCAAGUGAAAAGGAGAAUGACUCAGGAACACUGGAUACCGUUGGAGCAGUUGUUGUUGAUCAAGAAGGAAAUGUUGCUGCUGCAGUGUCCAGUGGAGGCUUAGCUUUGAAACAUCCUGGAAGAGUUGGUCAGGCAGCUCUUUAUGGAUGUGGGUGCUGGGCUGAAAACUUGGGAAUGCAGAACCCUUAUUCUACAGCUGUGAGUACCUCAGGUUGUGGAGAGCACCUUGUACGGACCUUAUUGGCCAGAGAAUGUUCGUGUGCUUUGCAAAAUGAAGAUGCCCAUCAAGCUCUACUAGAAACUAUGCAAAACAAGUUUAUUAGUUCACCUUUUUUAGCCAAUGAGGAUGGUGUUCUUGGAGGUGUGAUAGUUCUUCGAUGUUGUAGGUGUUCUGUAGAGCCCAACUCUCCGCAGGAUAAGUCAUCUCUACUAGUAGAGUUCCUGUGGAGUCAUACGACAGAGAGCAUGUGUGUUGGAUAUAUGUCAGCACAGGAUGGCAAAGCUAAGACCCACAUUUCAAGACUUCCCCCUGGAGCUGUGGCAGGGCAGUCAGUGGCAAUUGAAGGAGGAGUCUGCCGGCUGGAGAGCCCAGCAAGCUGAACCACUACUUGUCUGGUCAGCGAGCUGAGCAUGAAACCAUGACGUAUAUUAAGCUCCUUUGUGUUUUAACAGAUGUUGAAGAUUGUAUUCUCAUUUUAUUCUCCUUAUUGCAACCACGUGAACCCUAACUUGAAACAAGUGCUGCUGUAGCUUUAUAUUCUUACUUGGUUUGAAUGUAUAUAAGAAUUUGUCUCCCAGUGGAAUAGAAACUCUGUUCCCAGUUGUGCAAAUGAAGAUAAUGUACGGAUUAUUUAAUGUUACAGAACAUUUUUAUGUGUUACUUGAUUAGUCUGUAAGACAAUAAUGCCCUGAAAUUCCAAGGGAAAAUUGUGUGGUAGUAGCAAAUGUUAUUGUUUCACAUUAGGAAGGUAGAGGAUUCAGAACUCCUUGGAAUACAAAAGCAACUGAAUGUGCUUUACAUUAUUUCAUCGUUUCAAUGGGUCCAGUGGUAACUUAAACAUGCUCUUUUCUCAUAUAACAUACAUAUACAGUGGUUGGUUUCAGUGAAAUAAUCUAGGAGAGGGUUAUGGCCUGAGUUUUUGUUCUUAAUUAUUCAAUUGAUGGUACUUUUUCUGGCUUAAAGUGUUGCAUACUUCAAGCUGUUAUGUAUUAUGAAAGGCUUUGUAAAGAUAACUUGCAGUCCAGAAGUCUUUUGUGUAUAAUGGUAUAUUGGAAUGUAAAUAAGAACAAAGUUUAUUGGAAGAGUCAAUAUUAUUCUUUGGUUAAAAUAUAUAUUUUAAGAGAAUGGUGUAGAAAUAAACAUGCUGUUAUUGGAUAAAUAAUGCAAAGUGUAUUAAACUGAUGAUGACGAUGAAAAGGACCCUAAUUCUAACCUUCUUCUUUAGUUCCUUAAAUUCCAAUUUUGUAGCAAAGGUGUAUAAAUGUUUGCAAUUAUAUUCACAUGUUAUGCAUGUAGAAUUAUAAGUGGCCUUUUAAAUAAUUUUAUACAGCCGAAAUCUAUGAUGAUAUGUAAUUUUAUGUACUUUAUUUUUAGCUAUGAAUUAAUUGUUCUUAUUGUUUCAAGAUCUUCAGCAUUUUUAUUGUGUUGAUGUUUACAGGGAUGUAAUGGCUGUAGAACAAUCUUGUUGAGUACUUUGUGAACUGUCCAAAUAGAUUAAGGGAUGUUCAUCUGAAGGUUUUUUUUAUGUUGUGUUGAAAGAAUUUGUAUGCAGAAACACCUGCUCGAUAUCUUGCAACAUAUUCUUAAUCCCACAACCAACUUGUCUUCCAUAAGUGAUGUAUUGCUACUUUGUUUGACAUUACAGUUAAAACAUUAUUAAAAAAUGGUUUUAAUCAAA